AUGGAGUAUGGGGGCAUCUUUGGCUUCAGCGUCUCCCCUACCACAUGGGACCCAUGGCCCGGCGAGGAGAACGGCAAAGAUUACUACUUUGUGACCAGGGAGGUAAUGCAGCACGACAUUGCUGCCGGUGACUUCGCUGAGCACGCGGAGUUCUCGGGGAACCUGUACGGGACGAGCAAGGCAGCCGUGCAGGCCGUGCAGGCCAUGAACCGUAUCUGUGUACUGGACGUGGACCUGCAGGGCGUCCGCAACAUCAAGAAGACUGACUUGCGAUCCAUCUACAUCUCUGUGCAGCCGCCCUCCCUGGACGUGCUGGAGCAGCGGCUACGGCAGCGCAACACUGAGACUGCGGAGAGCCUGGCGAAGCGGCUGGCCGCUGCCCGGGCCGACAUGGACAGCAGCAAGGAGCCCGGCCUGUUUGACCUGGUCAUCAUCAGUGACAACCUGGACAAAGCCUAUGCGACACUGAAGGAGGCGCUCUCUGAGGUGGGACCUGCCCCCAGGCUGUGCCCCUGCCAUACCCCCCCAGAGAGCCCUCUGCCCAGGCCCCUUGCACCGAUGCAGGCGAGGUGCCAGGAGAGGCUGGGGGCUCAGAGCCUUGCUGUGUAUGAGGUGACAGAGGCUCAGGCAGGAAAUCAGGAAAGCUCAGGGGCCUGGCUAUGCUUGACGACCUGGCUGGGGUGCCCAGGACCCACGCAGAAGCAGGACAGAUGCUUGUUGUGA